AAGUCCUAGAAACCCCCUUUCUUUCCCUACAGCCGGUCGCUCUUACGACCCCUGUGAGGGCAUGCAAUGCCAAGAGCAGUGUGUAAAGGAACAAAACAACCUCCCAUGCAGCAAAGCCCACCCCUCUGGCUUUGCCACUGACCUCUCUGCCCUUUAAAAGUGUAUUUGGUUGGUCCGGACUCACUUGUGGCCUUUGAUUAAAUUCCUAUGGGGCCUGAUGGAGACACUUGUACUGCAGAGGGUUAGAGGCAUUUGAGCUAGGACCCUGUUCCCCAACUCUGGCAUUCCUAGUCGGGGAGUCGUUUCUGGGGGGGUAGAACCAAGCUAACGGAGCUCAUUGGACAGCAGAAGUGACAAGUCCAGUAGUCUCCGGGUUCUGUCCCUUCCCCCAUCACAUCAGAAUCUUGUGGGAUGGGAAACCAGCGGCAGAAGGAGGGGACCAAAGGAAGCUGCCAUCUCCUCUACUUCCCAGGAAGGGAAGAGUUGGGCCUAGGGUGAGGUGGGUGGAGAGCCCUCUGGGAGGUUGCUGGCUGAUCCCCUGUACUAGCUUUUCCCCUGGGGGCAGGAAGCCCUAGAAAGAGGGGAUUGUAGGGUCCCCUGGGGAUCUUUCCUCCCUCCCCUGCAUGAGGUAGAGACUACUGCCCUACAACCCCUCCCUCGAGGAAUGGCCUUGCCCGGGAAUGCCCACCACACAUACCCUCUUUUUUUCUAGUCAAACUCUGUUUACUCCUUGGCCUGCCUCCCUCCUCCCUCCCCUUUCAACCUUUACUUCUGAUUUCUAUUACAUGGAAUUUGGGAUUGAAGUUAUACAACAGUGCCGCCAACACCAAGUCUUGCAGGAAAAAAAAUACAAAGAAAUUUAACAAAAAAUAUAUUAAUAAAAAAGUUCAAAAAAGGGGGGAGUCGUCAUUUACUUUGGGCUGCGAUGGCUUCAGACCCAAGCUCUCAGAGGCUUUCCCGGCGAUACGGAUGUAAAAGAAGCAGGUUUAUUGUACAGUCCCGCACCCUGCACGGGCCACAGCUCCAUCCCCUCAGGCGGCCUGAGGUCUAAAGGCUGACAGGGGCGGGAAACGUCGUGGAGGCGGGGAGAGGGAAGGACCUGAUCAAGCUCCAACCCUACUGGGCCCUGCACCAGGAAGCGCUGGGGGGUAGAGAAGCACAGUUAAAACUGAACACAGAAUGCUGGUGUCUUCGCUAAAGCUUCACGACCUCAUCGAGGAGAUUCGCGGGGCCAAGACUCAGGCCCAGGAACGGGAGGUGAUCCAAAAGGAGUGCGCCCAUAUCCGGGCGGCCUUCCGUGAUGGGGACCCCAUGCAGAGGCACCGCCAGCUAGCCAAACUGCUCUACGUCCACAUGUUGGGCUACCCCGCCCACUUUGGACAGAUGGAGUGCCUGAAACUGAUCGCUUCUCCCAGAUUCAUAGACAAGAGGGUGGGCUACCUGGGGGCCAUGCUUCUGUUGGAUGAGAGGCACGAUGCCCACCUGCUUAUUACCAACAGCAUCAAAAAUGACCUGAGCCAGGGGAUUCAGCCAGUUCAAGGCCUUGCUCUGUGCACUCUGAGCACCAUGGGAUCUGCUGAGAUGUGCCGGGACCUGGCCACAGAAGUGGAGAAGCUGCUCCUGCAGCCAGGCCCCUAUGUACGCAAAAAGGCUAUUCUUACUGCAGUGCACAUGGUCCGAAAAGUCCCUGAACUCUCUGACAUCUUCCUUCCACCGUGUGUCACACUGCUUCAUGAGCGCCACCAUGGCAUCCUGCUGGGCACCAUCACACUGAUCACGGAGCUCUGCCAACGAAGCCCUGCAGCCCUCAGGCACUUUCAAAAGGUGGUACCCAAGCUGGUGCAGAUCCUCCGAACUCUAGUGACAGCAGGAUACUCCACAGAGCACAACAUAUCUGGAGUCAGUGACCCUUUUCUGCAGGUGCAGAUACUUCGUCUGCUUCGGAUCCUAGGCCGGAACCACGAGGAAAGCAGUGAGACCAUGAAUGACUUGCUGGCCCAGGUGGCCACCAACACAGACACCCGCCGAAAUGCUGGCAGUGCAGUCCUAUAUGAGACAGUACUCACCAUCAUGGACAUCCGUUCUGCAGCUGGCCUACGGGUUCUAGCUGUCAACAUUCUUGGCCGCUUCCUGCUCAAGAGUGAUAGGAACAUUAGGUAUGUGGCCCUGACCUCAUUGCUGAGGCUGGUGCAGUCUGAUCACAGUGCCGUUCAGCGACAUCGGCCUACUGUGGUAGAAUGUUUGCGGGAAACUGAUGCCUCCCUUAGCCGGCGGGCCCUGGAACUGAGCCUGGCUCUGGUGAACAGCUCCAAUGUUCGAGUGAUGACACAGGAGCUGCAGGCCUUUCUGGAGUCCUGCCCCUCGGAUCUUCGGGCUGACUGUGCCUCAGGAAUCCUGCUGGCUGCAGAGAGGUUUGCUCCAACUAAGCGGUGGCAUAUAGAUACCAUCCUGCAUGUGCUGACAACGGCAGGUGCCUAUGUGCGGGAUGAUGCAGUGGCCAACCUGACUCUGCUGAUUGGAGGGGCCCAGGAGUUACAUGCCUACUCUGUGCACCGCCUCUACCAUGCCCUGGCAGAGGACAUCUCUCAGCAACCACUGGUGCAGGUGGCCACCUGGUGCAUAGGGGAGUACGGGGACUUCCUGCUGGAGAACUGUGAGGAAACAGAAACCCUUCAGAAGGUAGAAGAGGAGGAGGUGCUGGCACUACUGGAAAAGGUGCUACAGUCCCACCUGUCCCUGCCAGCCACCCGCGGAUAUGCCCUCACAGCCCUCAUGAAGCUCAGCACUCGGCUCCAGGGGGACAUCAACCGCAUCCGCCAGGUGGUGUCCAUCUACGGGAGCUGUGUGGACGUGGAGCUGCAGCAGCGGGCCGUGGAGUAUAACACACUCUUCCAGAAGUAUGACCACAUGAGGGCUGCCAUCCUUGAAAAGAUCCCCCUUGUGGAGCACGGUAAUCAUCAGGCUGAAGCAGCAGCAAAAGAAAGCCAAGCAGCAGCCCAGCUUUCUGAAGACAAGGCCUCUGUCCCCACAGAGCCCCAGACCUCAAAGCUCUUGGAUCUGCUAGAUCUCCUGGAUGAUACUCCUGGGGACACCCAGCAGCCACCCACUUUGAACCCCUGCCCAGUGGGUGGCUUAGUCCACCUCCUGGACCUUCCUUGUGCGCCUCCACCCCCAGCUCCCAUCCCGAAUCUCAAAGUGUUUGAACGCGAGGGUGUACGACUGAAUCUGUCUUUUACUCGACCCCCUGGAACCCCUCCUUUGCUCUUAAUCACUGUCACCACUACCAACUCCUCAGAGGAUGAUGUCACCCACUUCGUCUGCCAGGCAGCGGUGCCCAAGAAUUUUCAGCUGCAGCUCCAGGCCCCUAGUGGAAACACAGCUCCAGCUCGGAGUGGCCUGCCCAUCACUCAGCUCUUCAGAGUCCUCAAUCCUAACAAAGCCCCUUUGCGGCUAAAGCUACGCGUCACCUACAACCACUUUGGCCAGUCGGUGCAGGAGAUCUUUGAGGUGCACAACUUGCCUGUGGAGACAUGGCAAUAAUUAUCGCUACUCACUCCGCAAAGACCCUGGUCCCAGCAGCUGUGAACCCACCGCUGAGGGCCACCACUAGGUGGCACUCUGGCGCUGCAUUUGUCACUGCAAAACUGAGGGCCAACCCCUUCCCCCACAAGUACGAAAAGCGCAAUAAAACCUGAAGGAGGUGGAAAA